GGCGUCUGGAACCGCCGUCGUGGUGGUGAAAAAGCUCGCCAGGCGGCGGGACAGGUGCCGUGUCGCUGACAAAAGCGGAAAUGACGUAGCGUCAAAUUUGCGCACUGCUCCACGUGUGAGAGCAGAAAAAGCACAUUGGCAGAUCGACAGCUCCACCAUGAAGCGACCAAAGUUAAAGAAAGCAAGCAAGCGGGUGUCGUGCUCCCAACGCUAUAAAAUACAGAAAAAGGUCAAGGAUCACACCAGAAAACUAAGAAAAGAGUUAAAGAAGAAAGGAGGAGCGAGCAAAAGGCCUAAGAAGGAUCUCGGCGUGCCCAACAGCGCUCCCUUCAAAGAGGAGGUCCUCCGCGAGGCCGAGCAGAGGAGGCAAGAGAUUGACGAAAUAAAAGACAAAAAAAAACAAGCAAAAAAAGUGGAGCGGGCCCAGAAGAGAAAAAGGGAGAAAGUUACCGGGAAAAAAGAAACGGAACCCAAAGCCAAGAAGCCUCUACAGGAAGUGGUUGUCGAACAGCCAGAGAAAGAGCUCGGCCCAGACAAGGGCUCAAAACAGUACCUUUGCGCUGAAUUAAAUAAGGUAAUUGAUGCCUCUGAUGUAGUAAUAGAAGUGCUUGAUGCACGUGAUCCAAUGGGGUGCCGGUGUCCACAGCUGGAGGAGGCGGUGCUGCAGAGGGGAGGCAAAAAGAAACUGCUGUUGGUUUUAAGCAAAAUAGAUCUGGUACCAAAGGAAAAUGUGGAGAAGUGGAUCCAGUGCUUACAGCUGGAGUUUCCAGUUGUGGUGUUCAAAGCCUCACAACAGAUCCAGGACAAAACAGUGCGAGCCAGGAAGAGCAGGAUAGUAGCCUCCAAUGAAGUCCUGGACAGAUCCCGAGCAGCAGCCUGCUCUGGAAACGUCUGUCUCAGAACUAGAGGUCAAACUCUGUGUCACUACACUUACAGAGCCAUGAGAAGAACAGCGUUGUUGCUACUGCUGGCUAUGCACUGA